AAAUGUUUAGCGGCGCGCGUUUGCCGGUAGGAACCACACACAUAUUAUUAAAUACAUGAAAAGCACAAGCGAAAAGACAAAAUUAAAAGUUCAGAGUUUUGGGAAAUUGUGCAAACAGGAAUUUAUCGAAAAUAUAUUGAUAUAUGAUACAUCCAUAUAUUAUAUACAUAUUUAAGUGCGUUAAUGAGAAAGUGUUUCCUUAACUAAGUGUCUGUGUCUACUCGCUUCAUUUUUUGUGCCUUUAGCGUGCGUGAUACUCUGCAACAUAUUAAUUUCGAAUUGAAUCGGUCUACUAAAAAGUUGGUAAAGAAGCUUAAUGUAUUAAAGGUAAAUUUGUGCAUAUUCUAUUUUUAUUGUUCAUUCUGAAGUGACAACACAUUUUUAGUAAAAAAAAAAAGAAAACAAUAAAAAAUUCAUAAAUGUCCGUUUAGCCGGUAUAAAAUCGAAUUCGCCUCAAGUUGUGUUGCAAAAGCAGUCAUCAGCGAAAAGUAUUAAACAAAAGAUAAGCGCUCCGAAAGGCAGACAGCAAUGAAGGUAGAAUCAAAUAAAUUGACGGUUACAUUUUGAUAUGCAUACGAAUUGAACGCUCCCUGCGCGCCCGCAUACCAAAGCGUACGGCCUCGCUACCACAGUCAGCAAUAAUAAAACGAACUACAACAAAAUUAAUAAAAACAACAACAAUAUAAAGAAUAAUAAGAUAAAAAAGCUUUAAUUUAAAAACAACAACGACAAAUAAUAAUAAUCAACAACAACAGCAAAACAGUAAUAGGAAAAGGCAACUACAGUUAAAAAUUAUUAAACAACAAUAUUAGCAAGAAAAAGACAACAAAAUUUCCUCUGUUAAUUUUCAAGCGUGAAGCGGCAGCAAGGAAGGUUCAAUUAAGCCACAAAAAGCAAGCACCCAAACGGUGUACGACUUCAUUUAUUCGAAUUGGAGUUGAAAUUAGGAUUUUGCAGAAGGACACUCUUGAAGCGAGUCACCGACAAGACCCAGGAUGGAGCGCGGAUUGCACGAUCGUGAUCGCGCUGGUGUACAAGACUUUGUGCUGCUCGAGAACAUUCAAAGUGAAGAGGCAUUCAUCGGAAAUUUACGCAAACGUUUCCAAGAGAACCUAAUCUAUACUUAUAUCGGUCAAGUACUUAUAUCAGUUAACCCUUAUAAACAACUGCCAAUCUAUAGUGAUAACGAUAUCAAAGAGUAUCGCAACAAACACUUCUACGAGAUACCACCACAUGUUUACGCAGUAACGGAUAAUGCUUUCCGGUCAUUAAUUGAAGAGAAUAAAGGCCAAUGCGUUCUAAUUUCCGGCGAAAGUGGUUCCGGCAAGACUGAGGCCUCCAAGAAGGUAUUGCAAUACAUUGCCGCCUGCUCCGGUCAUCAGUUCACUGUUGAAAGUGUUAAGGAAAAAUUACUAAAGAGUAAUCCGGUAUUGGAAGCUUUCGGAAAUGCGAAAACCAAUCGCAAUAUCAACUCUUCGCGUUUUGGCAAAUAUAUGGAUAUACAAUUCGACUUCUCCGGUACACCAAUUGGUGGACACAUUCUCAAUUAUUUGUUGGAGAAAUCACGUGUGGUUAAUCAAAAUGGUGGUGAACGUAAUUUUCAUAUUUUCUAUCAACUGCUGGCUGGCGCUAGCGAAGAGCAGUUGAAGCAGCUUGAGCUGACACGCUCUUUGGACCAUUAUAACUACCUAAGCGACGGGCAAAAUGGUGCGGUAAAGAGCAUAGACGAUGCUGGCGAUUUUAAGGUGGUGCAACAGGCCAUGACUGUUAUCGACUUCAAGCAGUCUGAGCAAAAUGAAAUAUUUAAUAUUAUAGCUAGUGUUUUGCAUUUGGGCAAUGUGAGCUUCACCGAAGCCGAAGGCAUUGCGAAGGUUGAGAAAUCCGCGACCGUCACCACGAUCGCCAAAUUGCUAAAUGUAGAUCAGAAGGAAUUGCACGCGGCGCUUACAAAUCGAACAAUCGAUGCACGUGGCGAUGUGGUCACUUCACCUUUGAACCGUGAUUUGGCCAUUUAUGCACGCGAUGCGCUAGCAAAGGCCAUCUAUGAUCGUCUGUUCACUUGGUUAGUGCAGCGUUUAAAUAUUUCGCUACAAGCUAAAGAUUUACGUGGCGCUAUUAACAAUGUGAUGGGUAUUUUAGAUAUCUAUGGCUUUGAGAUCUUCAAGAAGAAUAGUUUCGAACAAUUCUGCAUUAAUUUUUGCAAUGAGAAGCUACAGCAAUUGUUUAUUGAGCUCACAUUGAAAUCUGAACAGGAUGAAUAUCGUCGCGAAGGCAUUGAAUGGGUGUCAGUGGAGUAUUUUGACAACAAAGUCAUUUGCAAUUUGAUUGAGGAGAAAUACAAGGGUAUCAUAUCUAUAUUGGAUGAAGAAUGUCUGCGUCCAGGUGAACCCACUGAUAUCACAUUCUUGGCUAAACUCACCGAUAAACUGUCAAAACAUCCGCAUUACAUUUGCCAUGAGAAAUCUUCAACGCAAGUGCAAAAGACAAUGGGACGUGAUGAAUUCCGUUUGGUGCACUAUGCUGGAGAUGUGACUUACAAUGUUAACGGUUUCCUCGAUAAAAAUAACGAUCUUUUAUUCCGUGACUUGAAGGAGACGAUGAGUAAAUCAGAUAAUGAAAUUAUACGCUCUUGUUUCCCAGCGACAGAGUAUAAGAACAAGAAACGCCCAGACACGGCUAUCACACAGUUUAGGAAUUCCUUGAAUAAUCUUAUGGAGAUCCUUAUGUGUAAAGAACCAUCUUAUAUACGUUGCAUCAAGCCAAACGAUCAGCAACUGCCAGGAAUCUUUGACGAUGAACUGGUUCUGCAUCAAGUGAAGUAUUUGGGUUUGAUGGAGAAUUUGCGCGUACGCCGUGCUGGUUUCGCUUAUCGCAGAACUUAUGAAACGUUCCUCAACCGCUACAAAUCGCUCAGCAAAACCACCUGGCCGAACUUCAAGGGUUCAGCUAAAGAAGGAGUGCGCAUACUUGCCAACGAUUUACACUAUGGUACCGACGAUUAUCGUUUGGGUGAAACGAAAAUUUUCAUACGAUUCCCCAAGACACUAUUUGACACAGAAGAUGCCUUCCAAGCUAAGAAACACGACAUUGCUGCCAUAAUACAAUCACGAUGGAAGGGUCUUGUACAACGUCGAAAAUACCUCAAAUUACGCGAGCAAAUCAUUACAUUACAAUCAUAUUGCCGUCGUUACUUGGCCAUAAAAGCACUGCAGCGUCGACGCGAUGCAGCCACCAAGAUACGUGCUUUCAUCAAAGGUUUCAUUACACGCAACGAUGCACCGAAUGGUUACAAUGACGAAUUCAUUGCGAACAUGAAACGUAUGUGGCUAUUGCGUCUGGCCAAACAGCUGCCCACCAAAGUUCUGGAUCAAAGUUGGCCUUCCGCACCGGUACACUGUCAGGAGGCAUCCACCUAUCUGCAUCGCUUGCACCGUUUGCAUUUGGCGCGCAAAUAUCGCUUAAGCUUGUCGAGCGAACGCAAACGCCAGUUCGAGUUGAAGGUGCUGGCCGAGAAGCUGUUCAAAGACAAGAAGGCUAACUACUUGGCCAGUGUGCCAUAUUGGUUCCAGAACGAUCGUAUACCCAAGGAACACGCAGCAGAAAUCAAUAAUUUUGUUGCCAAUUCGUUGAAUGGUGAGAGCCUGAAAUAUGCUUCGCCAUGCACAAAAUACGAUCGUCACGGCUAUAAGCCGAGAGAACGUUUCGUGUUGCUUAGCAACAAGGCCUUCUAUGUUUUGGAUGGUAAGAGCUACAAGCAGAAACAUCGUUUGCCAUUGGAAAAAAUCGAUUUCGUUGUCACAAAUCAUAGUGACAGCCUGCUGGUCAUACGUAUACCACUCGAGUUGAAGAAAGAUAAGGGCGAUUUAAUACUGGAAAUACCAUAUAUCGUUGAGUUCGGCACCAUCGUAGUGGACGCAGUCGGUACAGCCAAUAUAUUUAGCAUCGUUAGCCGCGAUUCCUUGGAGCACCAUGUGGUUAAAGGCAAGGGCGGCGUUAUCGAUAUUCAGACCGGUGGCGAACCAGGCAUCGUACGUGAUAAGGGUGGUCAUCUUGUUGUCAUUGCUGGACAAUAAAUAAGCGAUAAAAGUACUAACCACCUUUAACAUGAAAUCAGGGCUUUAAAACAAUGGAUGUAUUUUUUAUAUAGUUUGUUAUACAUAAAUUAUUUGUAAUUGUUAUCUGAACUUUUGCUGCAGAUUCAUUCCAGAUUUUAUACAAUUUUUUAACUUUACACAUAUACAAACGAUUUUUAUUGUAUGCGAAAAGUAUUUACUAAAAACAUAUAAUUUAUUUCCUAUAAUAAAGAUAAUAAUUGAUUGUGUUAGAAUGAUAAUAAUA